AAACCUGUAGAAAAACGCUACGUGUUAACCCCAACAACCCUCAACCUACUAUAAAAUUUGGUCAUUUACGCCCCAAACAAUUCCAUCCUUACAGCCUGAAUUACUUCCAAAGGUCUUCUUCAUUAUGACACAGUUCAAGAAAAUUGUUUUCUUGUUAAUUGUGGUUUCAGUCUUUAGCAUAAACGCUGGGAAAUCGAAAGGGAAGAAGCAGCCACCGAUUCCUCCAAAUAAUGAAGACUCAUUUUCUGAGCAAGACCAUUUCCCCGGCGGAGAGCAUUCCUCAAAAUACGACCAUGAUGCUUUUCUCGGCGAAGACCAGGCGGCUGAAUUCGACGAGUUGACCCCUAAACAAACCAAACAACGGCUCAGAGAGCUGUUUCCUAAAAUAGACGUAGACCAAGAUCAGAAAAUCUCGCUGAAAGAACUGGUUGAAUGGAUUGAUGUAAACAUGAAGAAGCACACGAGAAAAAGCUCAGAGUCCCGUAUGGAACAGAUGGACAAGAACAAGGACGGCAAGGUCUCAUGGGAAGAGUAUGUCAACGUGGAGUAUGACCCCAAGAACGAGAAAGGAAUGUCCAAUGAAAACAAAGACCACCUUAAGGAAAUGAAAAAGCGUGACGAAAAGAGAUGGAAACACGCCGAUAUGGACAACGAUAACCUUCUGACUAUAGACGAGCUGCAGAUGUUUAUCCACCCUGAAGAGACGCCACGAAUGACAAGCGUUCUUGUGCAGGAGAAUAUGGAAAUGCUGGACAGUGACAAAGAUGGAAAAAUCAGCUUUGCCGAAUACGCAGGCUUAGAUGGAACAGGAGAGGAUAACCAAGACUCGUUGAAGAGUCUAAAGGAUGACUUUAACAAUGACCUCGACAAAGACAAAGAUGGCUCACUAAACAAGGAGGAACUGAAAAGCUGGAUAUUUCCGAGCGGAUCUCCUUCAUCCGGAGAAGCCGAGCAUCUCAUGACAGAAGUCGACAAGAAUAAGGAUAACUUCUUGACGGUGGACGAGAUAAUGGAGCGCUACGAGCUUUUCGCCGGAAGUCGAGCUACAAAUUACGGAAACAUGCUGAAGAAAGAGCUGUAGCCUUCUCAGGCGCAAAGGAUCGAGUCUUCAAUAAAUGUGUGCUUUGCUUUG